ACUAUCACGUGGAACGCUUCUAGAAUAUAAAGUUAUUAAAAACAAUAGGCGAUAAUAUAUGCGGUCUUAUUUGCUUUUGCAUAUAAUAUUGUGGCUCAAAGGCACACUUGGCACAUCAGGCCUAUGCCAAGUGGAAUUGACCUUGGCUCAUCCAGGUUAAUUAAGUGAUUUGCAUUCACAUCCCUAUAUAAACGAAUGAAAUGGAGAAGGUAUGAGUGCACCCUGCGCAUUGACAUUUAUAAAACUCAACUCCUCUUUUUCAAAUUUAAGAAACUCCUUUUGGGUUUUCGAUCCUUUUGCAAGAGAACCAAACUGUUACUAGACUCUUACGAUCUGUCUAUAUAUCUUUUUCGAAAUUACCAAAUAAAGAUGGGAAGAUCACCUUGUUGUGAUAAGAAUGGAGUGAAGAAGGGACCAUGGACGUCUGAGGAGGAUCAGAAACUCAUCGAUUAUAUUCGAUUUCAUGGUCCGGCCAAUUGGCGUACCCUCCCUAAAAAUGCUGGACUCCAAAGGUGUGGAAAAAGCUGUCGUCUUCGUUGGACCAAUUAUCUAAGACCGGACAUCAAGAGAGGAAGAUUUUCCUUCGAGGAAGAAGAAACUAUCAUUCAGCUACACAGUGUUAUGGGAAACAAGUGGUCCGCAAUAGCAGCUCGUUUACCAGGAAGGACCGAUAAUGAAAUUAAAAACCAUUGGAAUACUCACAUUCGCAAACGACUUGUAAGGAGUGGCAUCGACCCUGUUACUCACUCCCCACGCCUUGAUCUUCUUGAUAUUUCCUCACUUUUAGCCGCACUUAUCAAUCAACCAAACUUUUCAUCAGUAGCAACACAUGCAUCGUCUCUGCUUCAUCCUGAUGUAUUGAGAUUGGCCUCUCUUCUCUUACCCCCUCAACAACCACUCCAGAACUUUAAUCCAAUUUACGCACCGAACCUCGACCAGAAUAUUCAAACUCCAAUCACAACGGUGUCGUCUCAAGACUCUCAGCUACAAGCCGAGUGUACAACUCCAGUAUCAAACAACGAAACUUCAUCUUUCGACCCUUUCAUGAAAGCAAGACUUGAGGUCAGUCAUGAAGAUGUAUUACCACCUUUGGCAGAGAGUUUGGACUUAGAGUCACUCAUGUCAACGCCACAACAAAAUAGCAUUGAAGCAGAAGCCAACUCCAGCAGUUUCUUCGACUUUGGGCUUCCGGAUAAUUUUACCUUUGAGGACUUUAUGUUAAAUUAAUCAUCAACGUACGUAUGCAUAUCUCUGUUUCGAAAGGAAAAACGUAUGCAUAUCUCUAUAGUAUAUACACAUGUCUCUCUUUUCCCCACCUACGAUUCUUGAUUUGUUGCAUUCUUUUUUAUGAUUUAAUGUAUAAACUUAUUGCUGUUUUCUGUCAAAGAUUGAUAUAUUAUUCAAUAUUAAUUUUUUCAUGAAUGUGUAACAUAUUAAGGCGAGAUGUCUUAAAAUUUUUUCCAUAUAUACGCAAAGUAAGAAAGUAAACAUAUAAGCAUCAGCCACACUGUUGUCUAGCCUCAAGAACGAAUGAAACGAGCAACAAAUAACUUUGUUUCUGUUUUCCUUUUUUUCCCGAAAAUGAACACGGCUCUCUGUGAAGC